AUGGUUUACCAUGAAAUCAAUUUAAAGCCAAAGGCUGAUCUCAGAUCAGAUCCUGCAGGAGCUGCACUGACUGGAAACACAGUGACUUUGACCUGUAACACUGAUCUGUCCACCAGUUGGGACUUUUACUGGUACAAAAACACACAAGACUCUGAGAUAAAGAAGACAAGAACAAACUCCUACAGCAUGAAGAUUGAUUCAGUGUCUGAUGGAGGCCAGUACUGGUGUAGAGCUGGAAGAGGAGAACCAGUCUAUUACACACAAUACAGUGAUGAACUGACACUCAGUGUUACAAAGAGUCCUAAAGCUGUGGUGACGGUGCGGCCUGAUGAACAUGUGUUCAGAGGAGAAACAGUCACUCUCAGAUGUGAUAUAAAGUGGAGAGGAAACACUGAGUGGACAUACAGAUGGCAAAUAGAGGAAACAGACCAAUAUAACCACAAUAACUAUAACCAGUAUAACCAACAUAACAACACUGUGAGCCGAAGCUCAGAACAAGAGUUGAAGAUCAGCCGUGUUGAGGUCUUUCACCGUGGUAAAUACAGCUGUACAGGACAGAUAAACACUCAAAGCUCUCAGCGCAGUGAUGCUGUUGCUCUGACUGUGUCUUCAGAUGAAGCUCAGGCAGCAGUGCGAGUGUCUCCACAGCCGUGGCUCACUGAAGGACACUCGGUGACUCUGAUCUGUGAGGUUCCAGGCUCCUCGACAGGCUGGACGUUCAGCUGGUUCAGAGAUGCUGAUCAUCUGUCAGACAGCAGCAGAGGAGCUGGAGGCUCUUACACUCUCAGUCCUGCUGCUCUACAGCACACAGGAGUUUAUACGUGCAGAGCAGAGAGAGGAGAACCAGCCUAUUCCUCACAGAACAGCAGCGCACAGCCACUGUGGGUCACUGGUGUUUCUGCUUCAGUGCGUCUGGUGCUCAGGCCCAGCAGAUGUCAACACUUCUCCUCUGACUCUCUCUCUCUGAGCUGUGACUCUGCUGGAUGGAGAGUGAGAAGAUACACACACACAAACACACAAGAUUGUGCAGCACAAACAGGAUCUACAUGUGGAAUCCAGUCUCUCAACACAUCUGACACUGGAGUUUACUGGUGUGAGUCUGAAUCUGGAGAGAAACGCCAUCCUCUGAACAUCACUGUACAUGAUGGUGCUGUGAUUCUGGAGAGUUCUGCUGAUCCUGUGAUUGAGGGAGAAACUCUGACUCUACACUGUUUACAUCGAUCUACAAACUCCUCCAUCCUCACAGCUGAUUUCUAUAAAGAUGGAUCACUGAUCCAGAAUCAGACGACAGGAGAGAUGAACAUCCCUACUGUCUCAAAGUCUGAUGAGGGUUUCUACUACUGUAAAACAAAGAGAGGAGAGUCGCCGCACAGCUGGAUCUCAGUCAGAGUAUCAUCAUCUUCUGAAGACUAA